UUCCCCCUCUCCCUCCCAACAGCCCGGCGGGAUGGACGCGCUGCACACUGCCGGGAUCCGCUUCGCAGAGGUGCUGCAGUCCGGGCCACCCUGCCUGGAAAAGUUCUGGAUCUCGGUGACCUCCCUGGCCGAUCCCAAAUCCAUCUUCACCAUCUUUUUCCCUCUCGCCUAUUUUCUGGACCGCAAAGUGGGAGUGUCGGUGCUGUGGAUUGGCCUGGUGUCAGAGUGGCUCAACGUGGUUCUCAAAUGGUUGUUAUUCGGGGAGCGCCCGUUCUGGUGGGUCCAUGAGUCGGGGCUCAGCACCAAGGAGCUGGUCACGCUGCGCCAGUUCCCCCUCUCCUGUGAAACGGGACCGGGGAGCCCCUCCGGCCACUGCAUGAUCAUGGGGGCGGCCCUUUGGCCACUUGUCACCGCGCUGGCAGCCAGACGCUCCAGGAGCCUGGUGGCGAAGCUGGCCCCCUUUGGCACCUACGCCCUGCUCCAGCUGGCCGUUGGGCUAUCAAGGGUCUUCAUCCUGGCCCACUUCCCCCAUCAGGUAGUCGGUGGCAUCCUGGCAGGAGCAGCCCUGGGCUGGGGGCUGCAGGCUCGCACCCCGGCCACCCGGACCCUGGGCUUCUUUGUGGCCACCGCGCUGGCCCUGCUGCUUUCCUCCCUCGCCCUGCAUGGCCUGGUGACCACCGCCGGCAUCGACAUCGACUGGUCCAUCCGUUUGGCCACUAAAUGGUGCUCGGAUCCCUCCUGGCUUCGCCUCGACACCCGGCCCUUCGCCUCCGUCUGCCGCGUCGCCAGCAGCGCCCUGGGCCUGGGGCUGGCCACCGGCUUCCCCCUGCACCGGGGGGAGCGGUUGGACGCCCGCCAGCGCGUGGCCAGCGCUGUCCUGGCCCUGGUGGCCAUCCAGGGCCUGCACCGGCUUCCCCAGCCGGCGGACGCGAUGCUGUGGUACAGCACCAGCUCCCUCAAGUACGUGGCCGGGCCCUGGCUGGUGGCAUCUGUCCUGCCCUGGCUCGUCCUCUCUGUCACCCGCCCGCGGGGCUCCCCCCAUGCCGAGUAAGGGGUCCCCGAUGUAGGGUCCCCACCUUAGGGGACCCCACUGUGUCCCUGUAAGUCCCAUGCUCCGCCCCCCCGUCCUAGCUGUGCCCAUCGCUUAGCCAGGAGGGCACCCACGUCCCCCCGCCUUGGGACCACUGGCCAGUUUAACCCUCGCUGUGCUACCAGUGCUGCUCCCUCCCAGGGCAGGGGCCACCCACCCCAGAGUGGGACGAGCAGGGGGUGGCAGAGCUGGGGGUACCCCCUGCCCAGCAGGUCUGGGGACACAGCGCAGGGCCAGCCCCAGCUUUGGGGUCACUUGGGGGGGGACAAACAGCACCAUUUCCCACUGUCCGUCCCCCCCACACACACCCCCAUGCCUCCGUCCAGUUCAGUUUCUCCCUCUGGGGUCCCCUUCCACGCUGGAGGAGUCACCCCAUUUCUAACCAAAUAAAACCAGUUACCACCCCGCUGGCACCGAGUCCUUCAAAAA